AAGUGUUACACUUCACUGCGAGUAGUUUGACACUGGUGUGAGAACUUAAUGAAAUAUCCACAUGUUUACAACAAGCUAGACAAUAAACACUUCCUUGCAAACUUGGAGUAAUUCAUCGGAAGGAGUCAGUCCGUCUGGGUUACGUGACUGAUCCUCAUUUAUCUAUAAAAUCAGGCUGUUCCGAUGAGAAAACAUGCCUGAAAUAAAUGUAACGCCACUGGGUGCUGGACAGGAUGUCGGCCGCAGCUGCAUACUUGUCUCCAUUGGGGGCAAAAACAUAAUGCUGGACUGUGGGAUGCACAUGGGAUAUAACGACGAUAGACGUUUCCCAGAUUUUUCGUACAUAAUCCAGAAUGGACGCCUGACAGACUUUUUGGACUGUGUGAUCAUCAGUCAUUUCCACUUAGACCACUGUGGCGCUCUGCCCUACAUGAGUGAGAUGGUGGGCUACGACGGACCCAUCUACAUGACCCAUCCCACCAAGGCCAUUUGUCCCAUUUUGCUGGAAGACUUCCGGAAGAUCACCGUUGACAAAAAGGGAGAAACUAACUUCUUCACUUCACAGAUGAUCAAGGACUGCAUGAAGAAAGUGAUACCUUUGAACCUCCACCAAACCGUCCAGGUGGAUGAUGAGCUGGAGAUCAAGGCGUACUAUGCAGGCCAUGUCCUGGGAGCUGCCAUGGUGCACAUCAAAGUGGGAUCAGAGUCUGUGGUCUACACUGGAGACUAUAACAUGACACCAGACAGGCAUUUAGGUGCUGCAUGGAUCGAUAAGUGCCGUCCAGACAUCCUCAUCUCUGAGUCCACAUACGCCACCACCAUCCGAGACUCAAAGAGAUGCAGAGAGAGAGACUUUUUGAAGAAAGUGCAUGAAUCCAUAGAAAGAGGAGGAAAGGUUCUCAUUCCAGUUUUUGCCCUCGGAAGAGCACAAGAACUCUGCAUCCUGUUGGAGACAUUUUGGGAGAGAAUGAACCUGAAGGCACCAAUCUACUUCUCCACUGGGCUGACAGAGAAAGCUAAUCAUUACUACAAGCUUUUCAUAACGUGGACCAACCAGAAGAUUCGAAAAACCUUUGUACAGAGAAACAUGUUUGAAUUUAAGCACAUUAAGGCGUUUGAUCGCUCCUACGCAGACAAUCCUGGACCUAUGGUGGUGUUUGCUACGCCGGGUAUGCUGCAUGCAGGUCAGUCGUUGCAGAUCUUCAAGAAAUGGGCUGGCAAUGAGAAGAACAUGGUAAUCAUGCCUGGGUAUUGUGUACAAGGAACAAUCGGUCACAAGAUCCUAAAUGGGCAAAGGAAACUGGAGAUGGAAGGAAGAGCAAUGUUGGAUGUGAAGCUGCAGGUGGAGUACAUGUCCUUCAGUGCCCACGCUGAUGCUAAGGGCAUCAUGCAGCUCAUACGUAUGGCGGAGCCUCGUAACAUGCUGCUGGUACACGGGGAGGCGGUGAAGAUGGAGUUCCUCAAGGGAAAGAUUGAACAGGAGUUCAGCAUCGACUGCUACAUGCCAGCCAACGGAGAGACGGCCACUGUGACAACAAAUCCCAGCGUGCCUGUGGAUAUCUCACUCAACCUGCUCAAGAGGGAGAUGGCUCUCGGAGGGCCUCUACCUGAUCCUAAAAAACCUCGCACCAUGCAUGGAACCCUGAUCAUGAAAGAAAACAACCUGAAGCUGGUGUCCUCGGAGCAGGCCCUGAAGGAGCUGGGCCUCAACGAACAUCAGUUACGCUUCACCUGCCGUGUGCAGCUCCAAGACCCCCACAGUGACCCGGACACGCUCCACAGAAUCUACACACACCUGAAGAGCGUGUUAAAAGGUUACACCAUCCAGCAUCUCCCUGACGGCACCGUCAUGGUGGAGUCUAUCGUCAUCAAAGUCUCCUCCUCCGCUGAAGACAGCAAAACCAAGGUCAUACUGCUGUCCUGGAGUUAUCAGGACGAGGACCUGGGAAGCUUUCUUUCAACUCUGCUGAAAAAAGGGCUUCCAUCCGGACUGUGCUGAAAUAUCUUUUGUUUCCGAAACUAUGAACAUUUGAAGGGAAAUUCACACUAAAAAAAAGAAUGAAUGUCCUGUCACUGUUUUGAUCUUGGAUUUGUGGAAGCGACAAACUACUUUUACAGUGAUAAAAUCCAGAUUAUAACCUGUAAACAACAUCAUGGCUGAAUCGGCCCUCUUUCAUUCUUGGGAUAAUGAUGCUUAAAUGUACCCAGGCUCCUGUUUUGCUUUUUUUUAGGGAUGUUUCAGACUCUUUAUAGACUGAAUUGCCCAAGAUAAAGGAACAAAAGAUACACAAAUUCUGAUUUGUCCCUUUUUAUUGUGAUGUAAAAAGCCAAAUUUGAAUAAACACUUUUAUAGGAAA